CGCAGGUCGCCCCGCCAGCGCCCAGUGCAGCGCCAGUUUCCGGGCCGGGACUGCUCUCGGAGCCAUGAGCUGCGGCCGCCCCCCUCCCGACGUGGACGGCAUGAUCACCCUUAAGGUGGACAACCUGACCUACCGCACCUCUCCCGACAGCUUGAGGCGCGUGUUCGAGAAGUACGGGCGCGUGGGCGACGUGUACAUCCCGCUGGAGCACCGCACCAAGGCGCCCCGGGGCUUCGCCUUCGUCCGCUUUCACGACCGGAGCGACGCUCAAGACGCCGAGGCCGCCAUGGACGGGGCGGUGCUGGACGGACGCGAGCUGCGGGUGCAAGUGGCGCGCUAUGGCCGCCGGGGCCUGUCUGGCAGCAGCCAGGGAGAGCCACGCGGCAGGUCCUGGGGCGGCCGCUACGGACGGCAGAGCCGCAGCCCCAGGGGGCGACACCGCAGCCAAUCCCGGGGUCCCAGCUACUCUAGGUCCCGCAGCAGAUCUCACUAUGGGGGGUCUCGCUAUAGCAGGUCUCCCUACAGGAGAUCUCGCUACAGCCGGUCUCCCUACAGACGAUCUCGUUACAGGGGAUCUCGCUACGGCCGAUCUCCCUACAGUCGAUCUUACAGCCGGCAUCACUACAGCCGAUCUCCCUACAGGGACUCUCACUACAGGGAAUCUCGCUACAGGAGGUCUCCCUACAUCCGGUCUUCCCGCAGCAGAUCUCCCUACAGCCGCUCUCACUGGAAGUCUGGGUCUCGCUCUCGAUCUCCAUCAACCUCCAAAUCCAGCUCUCCGCGAAGAUCCAAGUUCUCCUCCGUCUCCAGAUCUUGCUCACGGUCCAGGUCUAGAUCUACGUCCGGGAAUCCUCCCCACACAUCCAAGAGGGAAUCCAAGUCCAGGUCGCAAUCCAAGAGUCCUCCCAAGUCUCCUGAAGGGGAAAAAGGACAAGUGCCCUCCUAG